UGAAACACCAUAUUAACGCGAAUGUCAUUUGAACUGCCUUACCAACCAAACGACAGCUGUCACUUUGGUUCUUUUCCGGUUUAAUUCGCUAACAAGAAGAAAUUAAACAAUGUAUUCGAGGGAGCCUGAAAAUGCUAUAAAGUCUUGCAAAGCCCGUGGACCAAAUCUACGCGUGCAUUUCAAGAACACUCAUGAAGCUGCUCAAGCUAUCAAACGUAUGCCACUUCGUCGUGCUCAACGUUUCUUGAAGGCUGUGAUUGAAAAGAAAGAGUGCGUACCAUUCCGUCGUUUCAACGGUGGCAUUGGUCGUUGUGCACAAGCCAAGCAAUGGAAAACGACACAAGGUCGCUGGCCAAAGAAAUCAGCUGAAUUCUUAUUGCAACUUUUGCGCAAUGCUGAAGCCAACGCUGACUACAAAGGUCUCGAUGUAGAUCGCUUGGUCGUUGAUCACAUACAAGUCAAUCGUGCACAGUGUUUACGCCGUCGUACAUAUCGUGCACAUGGUCGUAUCAAUCCAUACAUGUCAUCACCCUGUCAUGUUGAGGUCAUUCUUACCGAAAAGGAAGAAGUUGUCUCCAAGGCUCCCGAAGAUGAACCAGCAAAGAAGAAGCUGUCCAAAAAGAAGAUGCAAAGACAAAAAGAAAAAAUGAUGCGUUCGGAAGCUUAAGUUAAAAUUUAUAUAAAUUUUUUUUUGUUCAAUAAAAAUCAUUGAACAAAUGUUUUUAUAAGAAUUUU